AAGGGACCAAGAAAUGUCAUUCAAAAAGCAGAUAGAGAAUCCGAAUAGCACUCCAUAUAUGGCAAAAUAUAGCAAGAAAGGAACCUACCAUGCGCACCAUCACUCAGUUGCAUUAAAUUCUCCUCAGUAUACUCAUGCAAUUUCGUCAUCCACAGGCUCGACCCAUGAACUGAAGACUGUAUCUAGUAGGCUCCCAAAACCUGUUGGCAAAUUAACUGGCAAGGGAACUCCUAAUAUACGAAAGAGUAAAGAAGCAAGAAAGAGUAGCAAAGUUAAUGACUUAGUUCCCUCAAAACACAAGCCACGCCAUACUAAGGCUUCAUCUGUUACUAAUUAUCCCCAAAGUAUCGAAGCUUAUUCCAGCAAGACAAAGUCCAAUGCACUGAAGCAAAAACCAGCCUAUAUAAUUCUAACAAUAGACAAUAGUGGAGAAAAGGGAAAUCUAAAAAAGAAGGAGACUCCAAAAUCCUUAAUGAGCUCUCUUUCAAAUGCAUCAUAUGCAAAGCAAGGGCAGAGUUAUCAGAAACUCUCUAGCCUCAAAAAGAGUUGCAAGAAGAGGCCAACACAUCAAAGGACAAAAUCUGAUCACAUUAUUAAGUCUAAGCCUUUCAUAAACUUCAAGCUGGCCAAGGGUCAAUCUUGACUUGGAACUAUCCAAAGUAAAAAUAUGAGGAUCAGCAAAGGAAAAGCAAAUACUGGAACAAGAUCCAGUUUUAUGAUAAACCCACCGGGUCCAUCUAAAAUUUCAAAAUCUUCGAGAAAAAUGAGUAAAGAAUGAACAAUCUCAAAGGCUAAAUAUGAUAAAAAGACUGUGAAGAGUUCUAAAAUCCCAAAAGAAGGUGUAAGCAAGCAUAAGAGAGUUAAGUCUAAUAUGAAUAAUGCAGGGACUUCAAAGAUGUUCUCUGAUACUUUGAAGUCCUAUCAUGGAGGCCAUCCAAAUAGUAACUCUAAAAAGCUGUUAAAGACUGUUACAAAUAAAAGUUCAACUGUAUAUUCUUAUCAUAAUAAAGCAUCAUCUGCUGCCUCCACCAAGAGAUUAUAUAAAUAAGGAGAGUAAGCCAAUAAGUAAAGGAAGCUACAUAUCGGAUAAGAAUACCUUCCAGAAGCCAAAAGGAUAUAAAAUAAUGGCUAAAUAAAUCAGUUGCUAACUCUCCAGUAACAAGCUUGAGUAAACAUCCAAGCUCAAAAGUAGAUUCAUCUAUAAGACCUCCGACACAAACAAAGAAAAGGAAGAUUGGAGGCCAUACAAAGAACUCAAUGUCUACCCAUGUCAAAAAGAAAGAGAACUUCUUCUGUACUCAAGAAAAUCAAAUACAGGAGGAUAUUGACGAAUUUCCUUCAGGAAUACCUGAACAAAAACAGAGAAAGACAGACCAUACGAAAAAUAUUGAUGAUGAUUCUUCUUUAUAUAAGUACAAAGAGUACAAAAAGAUCUACUUUGAUGACCCAAAGCAGAAGAAGAACAGUAAGAUCAUCGAGUCUAACUAUGCCACUGAGCAGAAUAAAUACACGAAAUUAUUGAACACUCAUUUCAACAAAGUAACUAAGAAAAGCGGGAGUAAAGAUAGAGGAGAGUAUUUCAAUGACAAGGGUGAUAAGUCAUCCAAAAGAGAAAGCAUUAAGUUUGAUGUACUCUCAAGCGAGCCUAAAAGCAAUGCAUCUAAGAGGGCACAGAACAAUUUAAAGAAAUAUGGAAAUGUGAAUAAAGAGCACAACAUCAUUGACUCAAUAGUUCAAAAGCAUAUUAAGAAUAAAUCAAAAUAUCAACAAGAAUCUCCAGCCAAAGAUACUCCUCCUGUAGUGUAUCAAUACACAGAGAAGAAAAAGAGAGAGGAGCCAAAGAAUGAUGGGUCUGAAGGAAGCAAAUCUGGAAGUCUGGUUUCCUUUGAAUACAAUUGCAAAGAUAGUCAAUCUAAUUUAUACAAAAAUAGAGAAAGCUCGAACAGAAAUGAGAGUUAUGAAAUAAUGGAACUCAACUCCUUCAAUGAAGUCAAAAAGAGCGCUGAAGAUGUGCAAGAGAAGUACGAAGAAACUGGCCUCUAUGGAGUGUUUGAUAAAGUACUUGAGAAUCGAAAGAAUUUCUAUGAAGAAGGAUCAAUGAAAAAUCACAGCAUUAAUGAUCUCCAAGAUAGCAUCAAUGAAGACAAGAAAGUUUUUGGCUCAGAUGUUUCUGAGUCUGAACUUUCUCCAAGAUCGAAACAAAUCUAUGGAGUUGUCAAAAUUGUGAGAGAUCACUUCAAAGAGACAGGUGAACCUCCAGAGACUACCAAAGAAUUUUAUAGAAUUGGUAAAUGAAUAGGUAAAGGAGCGUUUGGUAAAGUUAAUUUGGCUAUCCAGAAAGUAUCCCAGAGCUUAGUGGCAAUUAAGAGCAUCAAUAAGCAGUACCUUCUUGAUGAUAGUUCAAAAAGGAAGGUAAUGCAAGAGGUCUAUAUUCUCAAAAAGAUUAGGCAUGAGCAUGUUGUUCAUUUCUUUGAGACAUUUGAGACUGAUAAAUACAUUCUCCUUGUGAUGGAGCUUUGUGGAGGUGGAGAUCUACUCAACUACGUUAGAAAAAGACGUAGACUCAAAGAGGAUCUAGCAAAAUACUUCUUCAAGCAGAUAAUCCUUGCCCUAAACUAUAUUCACAGUAAGAAUAUAGUUCAUAGAGAUAUUAAGUUGGAUAAUAUUCUUCUUGAUCAUCAAGGAAAUGUCAAGAUUGGAGAUUUUGGAGUUAGUAAGCUUGUCAGACCAGGAGAGCAGAUGGCUGAACAGUGAGGCACUCCUGCUUAUAUUGCUCCAGAAAUUUUGCUAGACAGAGGAUACUCAGGAUAUGGAGUUGAUAUUUGGAGCGCAGGAGUAGUUCUAUAUUCAAUGCUCUAUGGAACAGUACCUUUUAAAGGUAACAGCAUGGAUGAGCUUCAUAAUUUGAUUAUCAGAGGAAAUGUCACCUAUAAAGAUGACAUAUCUCAGGAAUCUAUUAGCCUAUUAAAAGGAUUAUUUGAAUGAGAUCCGACUAAAAGAAUGACUACUGAUCAGAUUCUCAAACACGAAUGGCUCAGUAAUGUGAAAGAAGAUUUAAAUAUCUUCACAGACACAGAAAAAGAAAUAAUAAAAACUGAAUUUACAUACAAUGAUACAAGAAGGUUGAAUAGAAACAUUAAGAACGAGUCUACAGUGUUCACAGAGCACAACCUGGACUCUACCAGAAAAUCUCUGGAAGUUAAUCAGACUACAAAAUCAGUAAUUCUUGCUCCUUUCAAUUCAACUAAGACUCAUUUGAGUGGAUUGCACGAUAGCAUUAAAGAAAUAAUGUUCAAGAAAGGUGAGAUGCUCAAGCUUGAUGCAAAAGUCAGAGAUGUUGAUAGACAAUACGAAUUUAACAACAACUGAGAACUAGACAAUGGAGUUUACAAUAGAUUUGUAAAUGAAGAGGAAGAUAAGAAGGAAGAAGAAAAAUCAGUCCGUUUAGAUGGCCAAAAUUCUCAGUCAAAACUCAAUAGAGGUGAAUCUAACAAACAGACAGGCCUCAGAGAAAUAGAAGGAAUGAUGGAAGAACAGAAUGUUGAAGAUAAAACUCAUGGAAGAUCUACAUCUCAUGUUAGAACAUUAUCAACAGUUAUUUCAGAGUUAGAUCAAGAGAUCAUAAGAAAAGUUUGAAGUUUUGGGUAUCCAAAAGAGUUCCUUAUGAAUUGAUUGAGAAUGAAUAAUUUGAAUUAUUCUACUACAUCCUACUAUCUCCUACUUCACAAGAAAGUGCGCGCAUCAGAGGAGUAGU